CCGCCGACGGUCAUCUCCCCUCCACGCAACACACCUGGGAAGUUGAAAAUGUCGGACAUCGCCUUGAAAACGUACACGGAGCGCGCCAAUGUGCAUCCUAAUGCAGUCGCCAAGAAGUUGCUGCGUUUGAUGGACGAGAAGAAGUCAAACCUCUCGGUCGCUGUGGACUUGACGAAGAAGAACCAAGUCCUGGAACUCGUUGACAAGAUUGGUCCCUCGAUCUGCUUGUUGAAGACUCACAUUGACAUUGUGGAGGACUUUGACGCAGACAUGGUCCAACAGCUGGUUGCUCUGGCUGAGAAGCACAAGUUUUUGAUUUUUGAGGAUCGCAAGUUUGCCGACAUUGGCAACACUGUCAAGCUUCAGUACUCUGCUGGUGUGUACAAGAUUGCUUCUUGGGCUGACAUCACCAACUGCCACACUGUUCCCGGUGAGGGUAUUAUUAGCGGUUUGAAGGAAGUUGGUCUUCCCUUGGGUCGUGGUUUGUUGCUUUUGGCUGAGAUGUCUUCGAAGGGAACCCUGGCCACUGGAAGCUACACACAAGCCACAUUGGAAUUGGCUGAGAAGCACAACGACUUCUGUAUGGGUUUUAUCGCCAGACGCCGCUUCCCCGGUCUCAAGAGCGACUUUAUUCACAUGACACCCGGUGUCGGUUUGGACGUUAAGGGCGAUGGCCUUGGUCAACAAUACCGUACACCAGAGGAAGUGAUCUGUGAGAGCCAGAGCGAUAUCAUUAUCGUCGGUCGCGGUGUCUACGGCAGCGGCCGUGAUGCUGCUCAAGAAGCUGAGCGCUACAGAAAGGCCGGCUGGGAGGCCUACCAGCGUCGCAUUUCCAAGCAGUAAAUAGUCUACUUAGUCGAGGAAAAAGUACGGGUCGGACAAAUGUAGGUUGGUGACGUUAAUAGGGAUGCGAUGAGUUUAAAUGG